UGGCGGCUCGCGCCCGGGAAGGUCGGCAGGCGAGCGCUGGGUACGCGGGGCGGGCGUGGAGACGCGGGAGGCGCUGGAAGACGCAGCCGCGGCGGCAGGAACGGCGGCAGGAGCGGCGGCCCCCGGUCGCAGCCGUCACCCUCGUCUCCCGCCGCGGCCCGCAGCCGGCGGCGCCCCAGCUCCGAGUGCGCUUCCCCGGGCGCGGGGCCCCAGGCGGCCAAGACGGCGGGCCGGCCGGGCGCGGAGCGGCGGGCGCUGUGCUGCCGGCUGCGCUGGUGGGGGGCGGCGGGCCCGGGCCCCGGCGCGUGCGGCCGGGAGGCGCUGCGCGGGGCGGGCGCGCGGGCGGCGGCCGCCGGGGCGAUGGCCGAGGGCGGCGGGGGCGCGCGGCGGAGGGCGCCGGCGCUGCUGGAGGCGGCCCGCGCGCGCUACGAGAGCCUGCACAUCUCGGACGACGUGUUCGGCGAGUCGGGCCCCGACAGCGGCGGCAACCCCUUCUACAGCACCUCGGCCGCCUCGCGCUCCUCCUCGGCCGCCUCCUCGGACGACGACGAGCACGAGCGCCCGGGGCCCCCGCCCUGCGUCCCCGCCGCCGCCGCCGCCGCGCCGGAGCCCGAGGAGGAGGAGGAGGAGGAGGAGGAGGAGGACGGCUCGGGCUGGAGCGCGGCGCUGCGGGACCGCCCGCCCCCGCGCUUCGAGGACACCGGCGGUCGACGCUCAACCACUGAGCCACGCCGACCGGGCUCCCUUACUCUCUGGAUCCGUGUUUCUGAAUUUGCCAGAUUUGUAAGAAGGGUUGUGCAGAGUGAAGCGGGGCCCCUGGUGGUGUGUCCCACCCGGAAGAUGCCCCCCAGCGCCAGCGCCAUGGACUUCUUCCAGCUCUUCGUCCCCGACAACAUGCUCAAGAACAUGGUGGUGCAGACGAACCUGUACGCCAGAAAGUUCCAGGAGCGCUUCGGCAGCGACGGCGCCUGGGCGGACGUGACGCUGGCCGAGAUGAAGGCCUUCCUGGGCUACAUGGUCUCCACCAGCAUCUCCCACUGCGAGUCGGUCCUCAGCAUCUGGAGCGGCGGUUUCUAUAGCAACCGGGGCCUGGCGGGCGUCAUGAGCCAGGCCCGCUUCGAGAAGAUCCUCAAGUACUUCCACGUGGUGGCCUUCCGCUCCAGCCAGGCGACGCACGGCCUCUACAAGGUCCAGCCCUUCCUCGACGCCCUGCAGAGCAGCUUCGACGCGGCCUUCAGGCCCUCCCAGACCCAGGUGCUACACGAACCCCUGAUUGACGAGGACCCCGUGUUCAUCGCCACGUGCACGGAGCGGGAGCUGCGCAAGAGGAAGAAGCGGAAGUUCAGCCUGUGGGUCAGGCAGUGCUCGGCCACCGGCUUCAUCGUCCAGAUCUACGUCCACCUGAAGGAGGGCAUGGGCCCCGACGGGCUGGACGCGCUGAAGAACAAGCCGCAGCUGCACGGCGCGGUGGCCCGGAACCUGUGCCGCAACGCGGCCGGCAAGAACUACAUCGUCUUCACGGGGCCCAGCAUCACCAGCCUGGCGCUGUUCGAGGAGUUUGAAAAGCAAGGGAUCUACUGCUGCGGGCUGCUCAGCUCGCAGAAGAGCGACUGCACGGGGCUGCCGCGGUCCAUGCUCGCCAGCCCCGCCACGCCGCCCGCGCGGGGCCAGCACCGCAUCCGCACCAAGGGCAGCAUGUCGCUCAUCUGCUGGUACAACAAGGGCCACUUCCGCUUCCUGACCAACGCCUACUCGCCCCUGCAGCACGGGGCGAUCAUCAAGAGGAGGAGCGGGGGGGUGCCCUGCCCCUUGGCCGUGGAGGCGUUCGCCGCUCACCUCAGCUACAUCUGCAGAUACGACGACAAGUACAGCAAGUAUUUCAUUUCUCACAAACCCAACAAGACCUGGCAGCAGGUGUUCUGGUUCGCCGUCAGCAUCGCCAUCAACAACGCCUACAUCCUGUACAAGCUGUCGGACGCCUACCACGUGCAGAGGUACAGCCGGGCGCAGUUCGGCGAGAGACUCGUGCGGGAGCUGCUGGGCCUGGAGGACGCCUCUCCCACCCCCUGACCAGGGCUGGGCUCGGGGAAGGACCAGGUGGGGGGGAGCCUGCCGUCGACCUGCCCGCCCGGAGCCUGGGGACGCGGUGCGAGGAGGGGGCACCACACCCCGUCUCCACACGCCACGUGCCACCAGGCCGCUGCCAGGCCGGUUCUCAACCGGCGUGCCAUCCUCGAUGCCCGCGGAGCCUGCAGGGGCCUCACUCAGCACCCCGGGCCGGGAGGGGUGGUGCCCCCAGAGCUGCCGGGCAGGGCGAGCCGCGGCACGUUGCUGGAAGCGCCUGCUCUGUAAAGACGUGGGGACGUGUGUGGCCUGGUUCACUCGUGCCGUGUGGACGUGACCUCAGCCAGCGGGAUGGGCUGUGCGCGGCUGAGGUCGGUCGGUGCGCGGAGAAGACGGGUUUUCCGGAUUCGCCUCGUGGAGGAGGAAACGAACUGGGCGUCCGUAAAGCGCGGGCAUGAGCGCGGCCUCCCUGCUCCUGCGUCCGCGUGGCCGGGCCCGGGGAGGGCAGGGGCACGCCCACAGGCGCGGUGAAUGAAGUGUGACGCUAUUUUUUAUUUUUAAAUAUAUCUUCAGGUUAUUUUCUUACUGUUGCUUAAGGUCGUCUGUAAAAGGAAAAUGUCUCCCUUCUUUCCCAUCCCCCUGGCCUCACCAGGUCUGGAUUCUGCGCCUGGUGCCCGUGCUCGGGCCAGAGAGGGAGCUCGCUUCCAGAACAGAUGGGGUUGCCUCCCCCAGGGGCCCGGGGGCCUGCGGGCCUCUCGCGUGUCAUUGGCGGGAUGACUGGUCUUGACAAAGACGCAGCGUCGCUGAGACAGACGGACCGUCCCCGGACGGCCACUGGCUACGUCUCGGUCCUGCGUGGGCCAGUGUUUGCCUGUCUCCGGUCGCACAUGGGAUGGGGGGUGGGUGCUGGCUCGGCUGUGAUUUCCCGAGGGGCCGGGCCUGCUCACCGCGGGCCGGACACGAAGACAGGACAAGCAGCGGGCAGCCAGGGCCCACUGUUCCCAGAACAUCAGCCAGAGCGGCCGACAGGCUGCCGUCCCCGAGUCCCUUCUGGAGCCACACACUCCCCUCCCGCCCGACGGACGAGCCCUCAUGUUCACAAACGCAGAAUUUGUUCUCCUCGGGCCCGGGACGUUCCCGUGCACACACCUGUCCGUUACGUGUGCUGGCAGCAUGCCCACCUCCGUGCCCCCCUGUGCCCCCGUGUCCUCGGCUCGCGAUGACCACCUCGUCCCCGGUGUCCACUCAGGGCCACGACCGCGGCCGGAUUCUCAAUCGUGUUUCCAGACGCCUUUGCCGCGCCCUGUACACGGGAGCGAGAGCACUUUUACCACGUGGAGAAUCUAUUUUUAAUUUGUGAUGCUUUUUCUACCAGGUCCACUGUCUCUGAGCUGAAUGUGUUCCCCAGACUUAGGGAGUCUCGAAUGCAAGCUGGGGAGUUGAGUUUUCUUUUCUGUCCAAAUAAGUAAAAGGAAAAAAUAAAAGUCUAUUUAGAUGUUGA